CUGCAACAACUUUGAGCCACACAGCCCACCAAACGGCAAUUCAAUCGCUUCAGCCACUAUAAUUUGAUACUGGAAUGAGAUAUUGAAUAAUUAAAUGACUUAGUACGUGCAGCUGAAUUCAACGACAAAAAACAGAAAACAUCAUUUAAAUUCAUGUAAUCUCAUUGAAAAAAAAGUGCGAUAGGCAAAAAACCAUUCCUUGUCUACGAAUAUCCGCUGAUGAGUGAGAGUGAACGAAAAAACAAAUAGGCCACACCAGUACGUACUCGCAUAAAGAAAAAGUGGCGACAAAUUACGAGUGGGCCAAGUAAAAACGAAAAUAAAAUCGCAAAAGGUAGGAAACGGAUGCGGUGGCCUCAAAAGCCUCAAAAGCGCGCAGCUGAAAGUGUAAACGAAAAAAUCGAAAACUCUGCCACACAAUCUUGCCAAUACAUACAUACAUAUGUACACUUUCGCGUGCAGUGUAGAGCGUGCGGGGCUCCUAUGAUUGCGGCCCAGUAAAAUUCACAUUUAGUACCUUCCGCUCAACCGCAUCGAGUUGGCAGAUCGCGUGCGUCGCAAUCAUUUCGUGCGCUCUUUUCCUAUCGAUAAUUACGACUACUUGUGCGAAGUAGUGUAGUUUGUUGUGCGCUUGUGCGAAUGCGCACUGCCAAAUAAAUCGCACCAAUAAUAAAGAUAGCAAUAAUAACAGCAACCACAACCACAACAACAACGAUAAUAAUAAGAAAUUAAAAAAUAUAAUGGCUGUACAAAAUCAAAACUUGCCACAAAAAUCUGCAACAAAUCUAACGAAAAAAGCGACAACAACUUCGAACGCCACACAGCCGUUGGCGAAACCACGAACGAAAUUCGGCCAAGCCGCAGCAAACGUUGCCACAGAAUUGGGACACCACACACAAAUAUCGAGUGGUGGUGGUGGUGGUGGUGUUGGUGUUACUGGGCAGGCAACAACAUCGACGAUGCCAGCGGGAGCAGGGACAGUGGCGGGAACAGCCCCAAAUGGUGGUCCACGCGUGUCAUUUAAUCGGGAUGUGCAUGUGAAACGAAUCGGAAAACAUCCAAACGACUUAACGAAUUACGAAACAACUAACCUACAACCACCUCAAAACACCGCACCACCUUAUCACCAGCUUCCCGCUGAUCUUUCCGAAGAGAGCAUACGUAAAGAAGCCGCCUUAGUACUCGCUCAAGCAGAGCGUCAUAAGAGCAAAGCCGAGAACGGCGAUAAUAUCCCCACAUUUAAAGUUCGUACGAAGCGUAGCGGCGAUUCGAACCCAAAGAAAUUCCAUUCACUGCCAACGCGCAAGAAGAAAGCUCCCGCAAAGCCAGUGUCGCGCAGUGUCAGUGACGUAGCUGCCAAAAAGAAUACCAAACGUCCAUCCAUAUUUAAUAUCUUCAGUCGGCGGAGUGACACGAAUGUCAAUCAAGUGGAACGUGAUCCACGUUUUGAGGAUAGCGGUGGCAGGCGCUUAGUACGUAGCAAGAGUGAUGUUGGUUCUUAUAAUAAGGAGGAGCGUAAACAUAAAAAAACCUUAAAAGAUCCUAAGCCAGCAACUGCAUCCAGUAGCCUGCAUGCUUUAAAUAGCUCCAGCAAACAACAACUGAUCAAUACUCCUCUAAGUCCGAUUAUUGAGAACGCCCAAAAGGAGGACUACUUUGCAGAGCAAUUCAAUAGAGAACGUCGCAAAUCUGAAGCAAUAACAGAGCGUGAAAAGCAUGAGAGCGGUUUGAGUGAACUGCUCGAGCGCAGUCGUUCGCAAGCUAUUGAAGACGGUAAUAUCAUAGGAAGGGGCCCUAUAUCUAACGCGAUACGCGAUAAAAUUCUCACAUUACAAACCAAGUCGCAAGAGAAUAUGCAUAGCUCACAGUUACCAGUACAGAAGUUGCCACUUACCAAAGGUGUUACAGUCAAUGGGUUGGCGAAGCGUUUGUCAAUGGAACGCUUUUCACCGCCCCCACCACUGUCCGGACCAGCUUUCUCGUACAUACGUCCAAACGAAGGAAUCAUGUAUGCCCAGUUAGAUCAUAAUGAAGAGCAAAAUUACCGACGUGAGUCCGUGCACUCACCCAUCAGGGAAUUGCGUUCGCCGUUACGUGAGUACCGCUCCCCUGCGCGCGACAUUCGUGAUUUGCGUUCAACAGAGCACGAUAUUCCCACGUCAAGUAUGACGAUGGGCCGACAGUCAGUCGAUCGAACUGACUUUGCUACUAGUCAAAAUAACAUGAAGAAUACCUACAACUACAGCAACCACAACAGUCGAAUCGGAAAUAGCAAUGGCAGCCGCAUCAUUAUUGAACCAUCGACGCGUGCACAUGACACAUAUGGAACGUCAGUCGGCGCUAUUGGGCCCACUACUAUACGCAUCACAAAUUCACACUCUCCUUCUCCAUGGCAACAGCUAAGUCCUCGUAACCUGAGCGAUGAAGAUGAGGGGCUUGGCAUUGAAACGCGCAAAUACUAUGAAGAUGAGACACCUGCGUUGACACAGUCGCGCAGUAGCAAGUCCCCUGCUGAGCCGCCAAUUGUACCAGUCAUUCGUAGCAUUACUCCAACUUGCGAAAACGGUUAUGAUACGCGUGCCUAUCAAUCGCCUGUGCGCGAUGAUCCCAUGGACGAUAUUGGAUAUAGGCGUGCCCGACUAGAGUCGCGAAUAUUAACACGCCGUUUUGGUGAGCCGGGCACGUUGGAUCGCAAUGGAUCCAAUCGAGUUGUAGGCACAUCGCCUGAGCGCACCUUGGAACGCAAUGAAUAUCAUCGUGAUACCGGCGUCUCUCCACAGCGUAAUAGAGAUGUGCGCGAAGAGUCCGCGCAUCAUCGCUACCUCAGUCCCGAGCGCGAGAGGGAAUCAUAUGAACCGCGUUUUCAUAAAAUGGAGACCUCGGAAAUACUUAAUAAGUACUCACCAGAACGCUCACACCUGGAUAUUAUUGCACCUACAACGGCGCCACUUACGACGCCUACAAUGGAGAAGACAUCUCGGUACAAGCACACAAAGUACUACGAUGACGGACGUGGAGGCGUGAAAGAAGUGUAUGAGCGGGAGACACAUUUGGACGCACAAGGAAAACCACAUGUGCGCGAGACACGACAUCGCGAGCGAAUGGAUGAUUCUUUGGAAAGGCCGCAGCUGCAGGACUAUGAACCAAAAAGUUUGGACUCACAAUUCACGAACACAGAUCAAUAUCGUUCCUCACCUGAGAACAUGAAGCGUUAUGAAGCAAACGCGGCACAUCCUCAUGAUUGGCAUGGCAGCAGUUUGAAACGCGACAAGCUCCAGCAGCGAAGCUUCGACAAAGGCGACUCAGGAAUUGAGAAUGACUUCCGGAAAGAAUCUUUCAAUGGAGAGCUAAUAUCUAGAUGGCGUAAACGCACCAUUGCUGACGAUAUAAAAGCUUGCGACACAUUUCUUCGCAAAGAACGCCGACACAUCGAGCAGCUGCACGUGGCACGACGCAAAGAUAGUUACGUCUAUCGAGAACGAUCCAUCGACGAUGGUUCACACUUCGAUCCACACUUAGAUAAGUACCCGACUGCAACGAGCACACUUCAUCGGAAGGAUCAACAAUCCCAGACAGCCGGCAACGAGACGCUGAAGCGUAAUAAAAAGCUCGGUGGCUUCGAAAAGGUCAAACAGCUCUUCACAGGAGUAAGUGGUGGUGGCGGAAGUGGCAGCGGCAGUGAGGGUGGUAAAUCUAGCAAGAAGGAUGGCGAGCGACAAGCACGCGCCAAUAGCAGCACAACAACAGUGACAACCAACAGUAGCGCGCAGACUACACGGGGAACGAGAGCAGCCAAAGACAAAGACAAAGACAGUAAUGGUAGUGAGAAAGAACGUGAGCGUUACAUGGUGAAGGAAGAGGAAAUGCGUUUGCGUUACAGUGAGCACCGCGGAGCUGCAGGAGCGGUAGCAAAUACCACUCCGCAUGUUGAUGCAUACCGCGAACCAAAGGCCACGGAUAUCUCAAUGCGUCGGCGUCUGUCUACACCUAAAGCUAGUCCAUUGUUGCUCAAGCGUACCUCAUCCGAUAAGCCGAAAAAGGAGUCGCCGCUUGCAAAGCCCGAAAAAGUCAGCUGGUUCAAAUCGUUGGACAGGCGUUCGAAGAGCAAAUCAAAGGAAAAGUUGGAUGUUUCAGUCAACGGGCAGAGCGAAUCCUCAACCAUGAAGCGCACUAAAAAUUCUGGACGUAAUACCUCAGCACCACCACCAAUUCCGCCCAAAAACUUGCGUUUCUUUGGUGACACAGAUCUAGACUCGAAUCCGCCAACUAUAACCAAAGCUAAUACAACAACAAAAACACGAUCUUCGAUUCCGUCCACACUUAAUCGUUCGCAAAAAUACUCACAGAGCGCUUACCACUUGGACCGCCUCAACGCUAAUCCACAACAAAACGAUUAUCGUCGUUCACUGUCCUCUGCCACUCAGACAGGAGUUGGUGGCUCGCGCCACAAGAGUUCUUCAAUGCAUAACUUGGAAAAUGGUGUUGGAGUGGCUGGCGAUGAAGUCGAUUUCCGCAAACGUCGACAUUACUCAAGAUCACGGGAUUUGGAUGACAUUUCAGAGAGUGGUUCGGAAACGGAAGACCAGAAUAAACGUCCAAACGGUGGUGUGGGUGGCGCACGCACCUUGUCCCGUGAGCGGUUGGAUCGUUCGCAUCGGUAUGAUGAUCACACCUAUCGACGCAGCAACGAUCGUCACAGCACACCCUUGGCCAUGUCCACUUCAACACCGAAUGGUAUUGAUGCAGGUGGAAAAGAAAGGGAUGUCAGGCGAACUCCACAUCAUCUGAUGGGACCGCCGAAGCCGGCACGGAGUGCUGAGCGACGCCUAACAUCUUCCUACUCGAGAGAGCGUGAUCGUUUUCCAGCAGAGAGUUCCGGAACAGAAGGCGAGUCCAGUUUACACAGUCAGCGCAGCGUAGUCUAUCUGCACGCUACGACAGUCGGUGCCAUACCACAGCCAUACCAUUUGAGGCGUCGUUCUAUAUCACGAGACGACCUUCGCUCGAACAAGGGUAAACCUCAACCACUACAGCCGAUGACGCGCACCGUCUCACGAUCGGUGUCAAUGCUGGCCCCAUGGAAGCCGAAACUCAUUAGCGAAGGAUAUGAGAUCAACUACUCACAAGAGCAGAACAAACGAAUGGCAACAAUGCCACGAAAGCCACACAUGAACAGUUCGAGCACUCUUACGCGUACUAGCAAAAAAUCGGAUACGCCUACUGGUCGAACUUUGCGGCGACAUGACCACCUCAAGGACGAUCAGUCAUCGUUGAGGCAUUCAUCCACUACAAGUGCCUCCAAGUCGGCACUCUCCUCGAAUUUACGCAGCGGAGAUGGACGAAGGAAGAUCAAGUAAACUGACGUAAGCGGGAAGGCCAAUAAAUUGGGCUAAUAAAGAACGUAACAGAGAGCGAAGGAAUAUUAACCAACCUAGAAUUAUUUAACUGCAGGAAAUAUUUUAGCUUUGUGUUGAAACGUUACGAGCGUUAUGUAUACUGGAAUACUUCACACACACACACACACGCACGCACACACUCAAGCAAUUGCAAUGUAAGAGAGCAAAGCAGAAAAAGCUCCACAAUGUGUGUGUCGAACGUAGCAACUGGUGCUCUUUUCAUAAACUCGUAGAACAAACGCAACACACUUGCCCGCGAGCGAAAAGUGUGCAACGGCCGUGCCAAACAUACAUACUGACAAAUGCGCAUAAUUAUAUUCUAAUAGUUUAAGUUCUUUGAAAAGCCUUUUCUAAAACCUAAUCAUUAUGCAUAAUACGUGUAACGAAAGCUUGUAAUUUAGCUUUUAAGCACAAACAUACUUAUAAAUGUAAGCACGCACACACACGUGAGCGCACCCAGUGCGAAAGUGAAUUUUACGCAAUUUGUAAUGAAUAUCAUACAUACUCGUACACUAAUAAAUAACCGCUACUUACGGCAUAUCUCGUCAAAGUACACCGUUGCAGUUUCAGCAUGUUUGGGGGCGUAGAAAUGCAUGCGAAAUCAUGGCACGUUAGGGCUUAUGCAUUUAGUGUAUGUGUGUAUGCAGUAUGUAUGUAUGUAUAUUUUACAAAAAGUCGAGCUAAUUUAAUUAAUGAUUUGUCUAGAAUUUAAGUGCCAGUUAAAAUUAAAACAAAGAAAAAGUAACUACUAAUAAAACGUAUGUAAUACGACUCUAAUACCUUUAAAUUGCAUUCCAUUUUUUUGGAUUAUUGUAAACUAUAUAAUUCUUGAGAAAUAAAAUGACACUGAGAGAUAAAGAGAAAUAAAAUUGAAAA